ACUUUGGCGCAGUGCGGAGGGAGCGGGAAAGAUCAGGAGGGACCCAGAAGGAGCAAGAGAGAACGAGGAGAAACCCGGAGACACGAUGAGCGCCUACGACCCUUUCAGCCCCCUGCGGAAACCUUGGGAAGACCACCGCUAUGGCCGCACCGCCAAGUCCAGCAUCUCCUCCAGCCUGUACACCGUGCACCGCUCGAGCACCCCCAAGCGCUCAGUGCGCACUAGCUCGGUGUCCUCGCUGCCCGAGCUCGCCGAGCGGGUGGACCUGGCCCAGGUGAGCAGCCUGAACGCCGAGCUGCUGACUCUGCGCGCCCAGGAGCGGGAGCAGCUGAUGGACCUCAACGACCGCUUCGCCACCUACAUCGAGAAGGUGCACUUCCUGGAGCAGCAGAACAAGGUGCUGCUGGUGGAGCUGGAGGCGCUCCGCCAGAAACAGAGCGACCCGUCCCGCCUGCACCAGAUCUACGAGGAGGAGAUCCGGGGACUGAGGGCGCUGGUGGAUGCCGAGAGCGCCGAGAAGGCCAGGAUGGAAGCGGAAAGGGAGCGCCUCCGUGAUGUCUACGGGCAGGCCAAGGAAAGGUACGAGGAGGAGGUGAGGCUCCGCAUGGAGGCCGAAGGCGAGCUGCAGAAGGCGCGGGAGAGCGCCGACAAGGUGCUCCUGGCCAACAGCGACUUGGAGGGCUCCAUCAGCUCGCUGGUGGAGGAGAUCGCUUUCCUAAAGAAGGUGCACGGCGAGGAAAGUGCCGAACUGGCGGCGCAGAUCCAGGCGGCGCACCUGACCGUGGAGGUGGAGGUAGCCAAGCCCGACCUGUCGGUGGCCUUGCGGGAGAUCCGCUGCCAAUACGAGAAGCUGGCGCACAAGAACAUGCAGGCGGCCGAGGACUGGUACCGCACCAAGUUCGCCACCGUUUCCGAGCUGGCGAGCCGCAACAGCCAAGCGGUGCGCUCCAUCCGCGAGGAGACGGCCGAAUACCACCGGCUGCUGCAGUCUCGCCGCUCCGAGAUCGACGGGCUCCGCAGUGUCAUCGACUCCCUGCAGAAACAGCUGGAGAGCCUGGAGGAGCGGCAAGCCAAGGAGGUUGGCAAGUACCAGGACCGCAUCAAUGAACUGGAGAAGGAGAUCCACGAGGCGAAGCAGGAGAUGGCGCGGUACCUGAGGGAAUACCAGGACCUGCUCAACGUCAAGAUGGCUCUGGACAUCGAGAUCGCCGCCUACAGGAAACUUCUGGAAGGCGAAGAGUUCCGGCUGAGUUUCUCGUCACUGCCGCCCUACAGUUAGACCGUGGAACCUGAGUAACCGUGCAGCCUCGUCCAUCACAUUCCUCCCCUCCUCUCCCGUCCACCCCACAGCCGCUGCUCAGCAUCAUCCAUCCCGUGACCUGUAACCCGUGAACACGCGCGUUCACGCCCAGCGUGCGCGCAUACUUACACGCGUAGGGGCGCAGUGGCAUAUCUGUGCAAGGUGCCCCCUCCCUUUGAUCGCUCACCUACCCAGUAGACAGCCCGAUGCGUGAUAACGGGGGGCGGGGGG